GGUCUGUAACCAUAUAUCAUACCCACCAUAUACUCAAUAUUCUUCUCUUUUUUUCCUCUUUCUCUCCGAACCCAACCAAACCAAACCAAAACUUUGCUCCUCCUCCCAGAAAAUUUGACCCAAACAUUAUGGGAAAGAUCAUGUCUUUCAAACAGGAGUACUCUUUUGAUGAGCGAGUUGAUGAAUCGAAGAACAUGAUUGCGAAAUACCCAGAUAGAGUUCCUGUGAUAAUUGAAAAAUAUACGAGGACAGAUUUGCCUGAAAUGGAAAAGAAGAAAUACCUUGUUCCUAGAGACAUGUCCGUGGGUCAAUUCAUACAUAUAUUAAGCAGCAGGCUGCAAUUGAGUGCUGGAAAAGCCCUUUUUGUAUUUGUGAAGAACACAUUGCCCCAAACAGCUAGCUGUAUGGAUAUUGUGUAUGACACUUACAAGGAUGAAGAUGGGUUCCUUUACAUGUGUUACAGCAGCGAAAAAACAUUUGGCUAGUUAUUGCAGCCAUGGUGUUUGUUUGUUUGUUUGUUUGUAAGUAGUAUUUGUAAAUUGUAAUUGAAUUAAACUCACUCUGUUGUCUUCAUCAUCAUAAACGUGCCUGCAUCUCCUAAUUCAAGCAUGGCACGCUUUGUUCAAAGGAUGUUAAUUUGUUGUUUCUCUGACUACUUUAGGGGCCUCCUCUUAUGUUUCCUUUGUCAAGUAUUAAAGAUGGGAAACUAAGGAGCAUAGCCUUUCUUCUAAAGUUUCAAUGUCAUUAUUAUGUGUCAUUGUCACCUCACAAUAAAGAAUAAAAAUUUCAUUUGUGAUUA